AUAAAAUCAAAUUCUCUUGGUCCAAACCACACGAGGCUCACUAGGGUUUUGGCCCAAUAAAAUUGAGUAUAUUACUGGCCGUGCAAUGAUCAGCUGCGCGAGUCGAGUCUAACAUUUGUACUGCGAUCGGCAAAGAUCGGACUGAGGACGCCGCCGGCAGAAAAUCAUGGUGCACGUCUCUUUUUACCGCAACUCAUCACAUGAAUUGUAAAAUUAACUCCCGUGAAUGUUCCCACAUGAUGGUUACAGAUGGAAAGACCUUUAAGAAACCCCGCCGCCCAUAUGAGAAGGAGCGGCUGGAUGCCGAGCUGAAGCUUGUGGGCGAAUAUGGUCUUAGGUGUAAGAGGGAGCUGUGGAGAGUUCAGUAUGCACUGAGCCGCAUUCGUAACAAUGCCAGGAACCUUCUGACACUCGACGAGAAGGACCCACGACGUAUUUUCGAGGGUGAAGCCCUUUUGAGGAGGAUGAACAGGUAUGGGUUGCUUGAUGAGAGCCAGAACAAGCUCGAUUAUGUCUUGGCACUCACUGUUGAGAACUUCCUAGAGCGCCGUCUGCAAACUCUUGUGUUUAAGGCGGGCAUGGCUAAAUCCAUCCACCACGCCAGGGUGCUUAUCAGGCAGAGACAUAUCAGGGUUGGAAGGCAAGUCGUGAAUGUGCCCUCUUUCAUGGUGAGGGUUGACUCCCAAAAGCACAUUGAUUUCUCUCUGACUAGCCCGUUUGGUGGUGGUCGUGCUGGUAGGGUCAAGAGAAAGAAUCUGAAGGCUGCGGCCAAGAAGGCUUCUGGUGGUGAUGGUGAUGAGGAUGAAGAGGAAUAAGCUGUUGUAGUUUUGUUUAUUUGCUUUGUGAUAAUUCCUAUUUGUGGUUGGGUGUCAAUGAACUCCAUAAUGAUAUGAUGUUCUGCCAUGACUGUCUUAUUUGGAAAUAUUUCAGAGUUUUGAAUGAAUUUAAGCUUUUGGCUUCUGCUUCAAGUGAUCGAAUAUUUCCCCUGUUCUUUCUCAUGUUUUAUGAUAUGUGUCCAUGUUUUAGCAUUUCUUAAACUUUUAAUUCUGUAAGUGAAGUGCAGGGUUUUCAGUUGAUCUAUAAUUCUUG